AUGGAGGAUAGCAGAAAUUUUCCAUUAACACUGGGAAGGAUGCGAUGCUGUGAGAAUGUAGGGUUGAAGAAAGGACCAUGGACUCCAGAAGAAGACAACAAGCUCCUCGACUACGUUCGGAACCAUGGUCAUGGAAAAUGGCGUUCAGUGCCUGCCAAAGCGGGUCUUCAAAGAUGUGGAAAGAGUUGCAGAUUGAGGUGGAUUAACUAUCUCAAACCUGACAUCAAACGAGGAAACUUCAGCGCCGAGGAAGACCGCACCAUUAUUCAACUUCAUGCUCUCCUUGGAAACAAAUGGUCAAUCAUAGCAGCUCACCUGCCCCAAAGAACAGACAAUGAGAUAAAGAACUAUUGGAAUACCAACAUCAAGAAAAGACUCAUCACAAUGGGCUUAGAUCCCAUUUCCCACAAAACAAUAAAACCCAACACGUUUGAAGCCUGCGGUGAUGGCCAUGACCAGUCCAAAGACACCAUCAACAUCUACCACAUGGCUCAAUGGGAAAGUGCUCGACUUGAAGCUGAAGCCAGAGGAUCUAUGGUGCAAGUUGGAUCGGGAUCCUCGCGUUCCUCUGGGCUAAUUUUAAGCAAAAUUCCAAUCCAACCUUGUCUUUCAUCACAUUCAGUGUCAACCGAACCCAAUACAGUGUAUAACAUGUAUGCCCUGGUGCUUGCCCCAAAUCAUGAUUUUCGGUCAUCUGUAUCCACUUUGAGCUUUCCCAGGUUUCCUGCAGUUUCUAAUACUCCACAAAUCACGAAUAAAGAAAGUUCACUUUCAUAUAAGAGUGAUAAUAGUUUCAUGGGAGCUAGUGGCCAAAGAAAAAAGGUAAUGGAAAGUUGGGUAUCAAACUUACAAGAUGAUGACAUUAUGGUGGCUGUGGAAGCAUUUAGAACAGCAAGGUCUGACAGUAUCGAAGAGCUGUUUAAAGAACCCACUUCCGUUUAG